AUGAAUAAAAUUUUGAAUACUAUUGACAAUAUAGACAUUUUUGGAGUUCCCAUUAAGCUUCUUACCAAUGAAAAGAGUUCCAUUUUUUAAAGUAAAGUUGGAGGGCUGCUUACUUUGAUUGCAGGAACCCUCAGUAUUUCAUAUUUUUUAUAUGUUUUUAUACUAUGGGUUAGCAAUUUAAUUCCUCCUAAUAUAAAUUUUAAAUAAGAGACAAUAGGAUACGCUUAAUUUCAAAUUUAAUCAGCAAUGAUUGAUUUGAUGUUAAUAGAUUUCUCUGGAGAUGUUGAUCCAUUCAGAAAAGAAAAUAAUAUUAUCACUCCUCAUUUAUAUACAUUUAUUGAUACUUCAAUUAUAGAUAAGCCUAUCCCUCUAUUUAGUAGCUAAGAGAAACCUUAUACAAUAUCUUUUGAGAAUGUUACUUUAGUAUUAAAUCACGAAAUUAAUCCAUCGAAGGAUCAUUAACUUAUGAAAUAAUUUUUUAUUGUACUUGAAAGUUGCUCUAAUGCUACUUUAUAAAAUAAUGGUUAUUGUGCUGAUUAGAAAACGAUUGAUGAUUAUUUAUAAAAAUUCCAUGGAUUCUUGUUUAUAAGUAUUAAAUUAAAUCAACUUAAUCAUGCAACAAGAGAAUUAGAAGAAUUCAAUAAGCAAUAUUACUAGGCUUUUGAUGUGUUUAAACCAUAAUAUUCAUAGGUUAUGUUAAAAUAGUAAGAGACAGUCAUUGAUGAUGGUCUUUUAUUUAAUAAUUAUCAAAACUACUAAUUCUUAAACAAUUAUGAAUUAAUUAAUUAGUAAGUUGAUUCUUUUUUUUCUUCCAAUAUUGUAUCAUUAAUGUCAAAAUAACCAUAUAACUUUACAAAUUAUGGAAGUUAUUUAUUUAGAUUAGAUAGUAUUUAAGUUAAAGAAUUAGUUACAAUGCCAAAAUUAGGUUAAUUUCUUGCUUAAGUGGGUUCAAUUGUUUAAUUGAUAUUUUUAUUAUAACACAUAGCCUUAUAUUAUAACAAAAAACUUCUUGAAAACUAAUUAUUUCAUGAAAUCAUUACAAUGUAUUUUCCUGAAUUAAAAAAUAUAAAACUUACAAUAUUUAAUAAAUUGGAAUUCAAAUAGAAUGUAGAUAAUAAUCUUCCAUGUGCU